AUGGCCGCACGCACACUGAGGAUAGGCCUCAUCCCAGGUGACGGCAUCGGCCGUGAAGUCAUCCCCGCUGGCCGCCGCAUCCUCGAAGCGCUGCCCUCAUCCCUCGGCCUCAAAUUCUCCUUCUCCCACCACGAGGCCGGCUGGGAGACAUUCCAAAAGACAGGCGCUGCGCUCCCCGAUAAAACGGUGGAAGCACUAAAAUCAGACUGCGAUGGCGCCCUAUUCGGAGCCGUCAGCUCGCCCACGGUCCAAACCAAGGGCUACUCCAGCCCCAUCGUCGCCCUCCGCAAGAAAAUGAAGCUCUACGCCAACGUCCGCCCCGUCAAGAGCGUGCGCGGCAACCCCCGCGCCGUCGACCUAGUCAUCGUGCGCGAAAACACCGAGGACCUAUACGUCAAAGAAGAGAAGACCUACACGGCACCCGACGGCAGCAAGAUCGCCGAAGCAAUCAAGCGAAUCUCCGAAACCGCGUCCUUCAACAUCGCCGCCAUGGCAGGUGACAUUGCUCUCCGCCGGCAGCGCGUCCGCUCCGCCGGCGCCGCGUCGAUUCACACGCAACCCCUCGUUACAAUCACACACAAAUCAAACGUCCUCUCGCAGACCGACGGCUUGUUUCGCGAAACCGCCCGUCGCGCCCUGCAAGAUGCUAAAUACCAAUCUCUCGGCGUGGAAGAACAAAUCGUCGACUCAAUGGUGUAUAAGCUCUUCCGCCAACCACAAGAUUACGACGUCAUCGUCGCGCCCAACCUCUACGGCGACAUCUUAUCCGACGGCGCCGCCGCUCUCGUUGGCUCCCUCGGUCUCGUCCCUUCUGCUAAUGUUGGCAAGGAGUUUGUGAUUGGUGAGCCUUGUCAUGGAUCGGCCCCGGAUAUUGAGGGCCAAGGCAUUGCGAAUCCGAUUGCGACGAUUCGGUCGACGGCACUCAUGUUGGAGUUUAUGGGGGAGGAGGAGGCGGCCGCGGCGAUUUAUAGGGCUGUGGAUGAGCAGUUGGUCGAGGGGAGGUUGGUUAGUCCGGAUUUGGGGGGGAAGGCCAAGACGGAGGAGGUUGUCGAGGAUGUUUGUAGGCGGUUGUAGGCGGUUGUAGGCGGUUGUAGUGUGUGGGUAGUAAAUUGUGAUGGGGUGUGAGAGACGGUGCCACGUGAUGCAUUGAGUUGCAUACGUCUUUCUUCCUGUUCGCCCUACAACUAAUUCCUGAAAUGCUAUAUCGCUCUCUCUC